AACCAAAACUUCCUUGUUAAGUCCAAUUUGAUCAAAUUAAAAGAAGAAAAAAAGAAAAAGAAAGAAAAGAAAAAUAUAUUUUAGGUGCCGGCACCUGACCCUUCUUUGCGGAAUGGGGGGCAAAAGAAAAUAAAAAAACCCAAAAGAAUGGCAACGAAAUCUACUUAGCAUCAGUUAUUCUCUCGUUGAGUAAAAUAUCUUCCUUUUAUCUCAGAAUAAAUUUUCCUCCUUUUUGUACCAACAUUCCCCUACUUCUCCCUCCUCAAUCUAAUCCCAUGUGCAUUUUCACAGUACGGUAUCUUCUGGGUCGAGAUCAAACUGUGUGCAGAAUACCGGUGAGGCUUUGAUGAUAUUAAGCUUUGCUGUGUUGAAUUUUGUUGAUGCGUUUUCUUGCAUUGUGAUGCUGAAUUGUUGACAUUGCUUGAUUCUUGAACUCGAUCCCUCUGAACCUAUUACGGUGUUCGAGUUCUCUUAGUGUAUGCUUGCGUUUCUUGCCACUAUUGAUUCGGUAUUGAAUAUUGGAUAGGGGUUUGUCUUGAGGAUUUGGGAAAGCUUUACUUUGCGUGUUUUUCUUGGGUUUAGAGUUGGAGCUUGUAUUGGGUUUCUCUUUGGUCAUCGAAGAAAUGGGCAUCGGAACUUUUUGGUUGUUGUAGAGUAUACUGUAGUCUGUUUUAGUUUAAUAGAGAUGAAGAGGCUGAAAAUUGAACCUUCUGUUGCUAGGAGGUUCAAAUUGCAGCAUUUAUUGUUUGCUUUAGCGGCAUUGUACUUGGUCUUCAUAUCCGUUAAGUUUCCCCAGUUUCUAGAGAUAGCAAAGGCGAUGAGUGGUGAUGAUGGCUAUGUUGGAUUGGACCUGGCCAAAGUACAGGACUCUCAAGAUGGGGAUUUGAGUAAACCAUUAUUUAGUUCCGUUUAUAAGGAUACAUUUCACAGGAAAUUGGAAGACCAGAGCCAAGAUGCGCCUGUGAGGCCUAGCAAGGAACCUUUGGAAGAGAAGAAAAGUGAGUCUAAGCCUAUAAGGCCACUACAGCAUCGAUAUGGUCGGAUAACUGGUGAGAUUCUGAGGCAAAGGAAUAGAACUAAUGAACUUUCAGUGCUUGAGAGGAUGGCAGAUGAGGCUUGGACAUUAGGGUUAAAUGCUUGGGAAGAAGUGGAUAAACAUGAUGGGAAGGUGACAGGAGAGAGUUCUAUAGUUGAGGGAAAACCUGAGUCAUGUCCUUCAUGGCUAUCGAUGAGUGGGGAAGAAUUGGCAAUGGGAGAUAAGUUGAUGUUCCUUCCUUGUGGGCUUGCUGCAGGCUCGUCGGUUACGGUGGUGGGAACAUCCCAUUAUGCUCAUCAGGAGUAUGUGCCCCAGCUGGCAAAGUUGAGGAGGGGUGAUGGAAUAGUUAUGGUCUCGCAAUUCAUGGUUGAGUUGCAAGGAUUGAAGUCAGUGGAUGGGGAGGACCCACCGAAGAUAUUGCACUUGAAUCCACGAUUAAAGGGAGAUUGGAGUCAUCGGCCAGUCAUUGAGCACAACACCUGUUAUAGGAUGCAAUGGGGAUCAGCUCAAAGGUGUGAUGGUUUACCAUCUAAGAACAAUGAAGACAUGCUAGUUGAUGGAUAUGGGAGAUGUGAAAAGUGGAUGCGGAAUGAUAUGGUAGACUCAAAGGAGUCCAAGACCAAGACUACCUCAUGGUUUAAGCGAUUCAUAGGGCGUGAGCAGAAGCCAGAAGUUACCUGGCCAUUUCCCUUUACAGAGGGUAGACUGUUUAUCCUGACCAUACGUGCUGGUGUGGAUGGAUUCCAUAUUAGUGUUGGGGGCAGGCAUGUGACUUCAUUUCCAUAUCGGACGGGUUUUACACUUGAAGAUGCAACCGGAUUAGCAAUUAAAGGAGAUGUUGAUGUACAUUCGGUUUAUGCUACUUCUCUUCCCUCGUCUCAUCCAAGUUUCUCACCUCAAAGAGUACUGGAGAUGUCAGAGAAGUGGAAAGCUCGUCCUUUACCUAAGAGUCCUAUUCGGCUAUUUAUUGGGGUUCUUUCUGCUACGAAUCACUUUGCAGAGCGCAUGGCAGUGAGAAAAACUUGGAUGCAAUCAUCUGUAAUCAAGUCCUCAAACGUAGUAGUCCGUUUCUUUGUUGCAUUGAAUCCGAGGAAGGAGGUAAAUGCAGUGUUGAAGAAAGAGGCUGCUUACUUCGGUGACAUUGUGAUUUUGCCCUUUAUGGAUCGCUAUGAGCUUGUCGUUCUGAAAACCAUCUCUAUUUGUGAGUUUGGGGUCCAGAACGUGACAGCUGCAUACAUCAUGAAAUGUGACGAUGACACAUUUGUUAGAGUGGACACUGUAUUAAAGGAAAUUGAAGGCAUCUCUUCUGAAAAAUCCCUUUAUAUGGGCAAUCUUAACCUCUUGCAUCGCCCUCUUAGAAGUGGAAAAUGGGCUGUAACCUAUGAGGAGUGGCCAGAAGAAGUUUAUCCUCCAUAUGCUAAUGGCCCUGGAUAUAUAAUUUCCAUUGAUAUUGCUAAGUUUGUCAUUUCUCAGCAUGGGAGUCGAAGCCUAAGGCUUUUCAAGAUGGAGGAUGUGAGCAUGGGAAUGUGGGUUGAGCAGUUCAACAGUUCCAUGGCGACCGUCCAGUACUCCCAUAACUGGAAGUUUUGUCAGUAUGGAUGCAUGGAGAACUAUUACACUGCACAUUACCAAUCCCCAAGGCAAAUGAUCUGUCUUUGGGACAAGUUGGCUCGUGGUCGAGCGCAAUGCUGUAACUUCAGAUGACACCGAGCAUUGUGCUUCACAUGAGUAGAUUGGGAAACUCCUCACCCUCUCUUUCUGGAAGCCACCGACUCAUCCCGAUUUAGUUUGGAUUAAAAGUACGAACUCCUAACAAUGAAUUGUGAGAAAUGGUUUUGUCAAAAUGAAUCAUCCAAGACUUCCAAAUGUAGAUUGUGUUGUAAAAUGGGGCUGCUGGACGGGUUCACCCCACUACAUUGUAUAUUAUGGUCAUGAUUUAACAUCCAGCGAUUGAUA